AUGACUUUGGAAUGGCAGAGUAGGCUUGAACGGUUUCUUCUCCAGUGCUUAGAAGAUUUGGAUAGCAGUCUAAGGAAGCUAAAAUCCAGGCUUUUUGUUGUUCAAGGGCAACCAACUGAUGUAUUUCCAAGAUUAUUUAAGGAAUGGAACAUGACACGACUGACUUUCGAAUAUGAUUCUGAACCUUUCGGAAAGGCAAGGGAUGCUACCAUUGUGAAACUGGCAAAGAAUGCUGGGAUAGAAGUUGUUGUACGAACCUCACAUACCUUGUAUGAUGUUGACCGAAUAAUCGAGGCAAAUGGCAAUAACCCCCCACUCACUUUCAAACAUUUUCAAACAAUCAUCAGGCGACUGGAGGUGCCCAAAGCUCCAGUGAACAUGGUAACACUGGACCAGAUGGAAAAGUGCACAACAGCUGUCCAAGAGAACCAUGAUGAGAUAUAUGGAAUACCAUCACUGGAAGAGCUUGGAUUUGAUACAAGUGAACUUGGUCCUGCUGUAUGGCAAGGAGGGGAGACAGAAGCCCUAGCACGAUUAUAUAAACACUUGCAAAAAAAGGCUUCGGUCACCAACUAUGAAAAGCCUAAAUUAAGUGCAGAUUCCUUGCUGUCAAGUCCAAUAGGAUUGAGUCCAUACCUGCGGUUCGGGUGCUUAUCAUGUCGAACGUUUUAUUACACAUUACUACAGCUUUAUAGAAUGAUAAAAAAGCACAGCAAUCCACCUCUUUCUCUGUUUGGGAAGCUGCUGUGGCGGGAAUUCUUUUACACUGCAGCAACAAAUAACCCAAGUUUUGACAAACUGCAAGGGAACCCUAUUUGCAUGCAGAUUCCUUGGGACAAGAACCAACAAGCCCUCACAAAGUGGGCACAUGGACAAACAGGAUUCCCUUGGAUUGACGCAAUUAUGAAACAACUACGGCAAGAGGGUUGGAUUCAUCAACUAGCCAGGCAUGCUGUAGCUUGUUUCCUCACCAGAGGUGACCUCUGGAUUAGCUGGGAGGAAGUCAUGAAGGUUUUUGACGAAAUGCUUCUCGAUGCCGACUUCAGUGUAAAUGCGGGAAGCUGGAUGUGGCUGUUGUGCAGUGCACUCUUCCAACAGUUCUUUCAAUUUUAUUGCCCUGUUGGUUUUGGGAGAAGGACAGAUCCAAGUGGGGAUUAUGUGAGGCGAUACCUACCAGUGCUACAAGGAUAUCCCACAGAAUAUAUCUAUGAGCCAUGGAAUGCUCCCGUCGAAGUUCAGAAGGCAGCAAACUGCAUUGUCGGUGUUCAUUACCCCAAACCAAUGAUUAAUCACCUUGAAACGAGCCAACUGAACAUUGAACGCAUGAAGCAGAUUUAUCAAAAGCUGUCUCAUCACAAAGGAUUUUGUUUGGUGGCUCUGGUUCCUUCCUGAUGCUGAUGACAGUAGAUCCUUCACUGCCAAAUCCAUGAAAUAUGGCAACAGAGCUCUUAGAAACAGACCUUUACUGAAGUGCAUGUGACAAAGGAGUAUUUAUAAAUCUUUAAGUUGUUGAAGGAAAAUAUCAUUGUGCAGAAUAUUGUAUUAACUAUGUCAAAUUCAGUUUUAAGAAUGAAGAACUGGGUGCUUUUAGACUUUUAAGGAAGGCAUACACUACACAUGACCAACACAUGCAAAACACUAGAAUUGCCAACCAUCAGGAUUGGCCUGGGGUCUCCAGGAAUUGAAGAUCAAUCUCCAGGACAAUG